AUGUCUUUCCCUGAUAAACAACAACGAAAAGUUUGUUGGGAUUCUAGAGAUCGUUACUGGGCUUGUUUAGACGACCAAAAUAUUAAAGACAGUUCCGAAAAGCCAAAGGCAUGUGCGGAAUUUAGGAGAAUUUUUGAAAAAUCUUGUCCACCCAAAUGGGUGACACAUUUCGAUAGAAAACGAGACUAUGAAAUAUUUAAGGCGAAAAUGCAGAAAGAAGGUUUUGAACCAAUUAAAGAAAGUCAAUAA